GUAUUUGGAAUGGCAAGAAUUUAAUUGGUUUAUUCACCAAGAAGUUUUAAACUGUCAAGUAAAGUGACUUCAGUGUCAUGAUAAAACAAUAAACAAAUACAUCAUUUUAAAAACAUAUAACAGAGAAUGUAUAUGUUUGUAAAAGCAACUUGAGGAAACAGUGAAAACAGAAUAUCUUCUGGUUCAUUAUUUGGUGAAUUGGGCAAGAUGGAAUGCUAUAUUGUACACAUGCUUGAGCUAUAAAUAAUUCCGCAUUGCAAAGUUUUUGCAGUUAUAUUUAGAAAUAAAAAUUAAUGUGUUUAUGAGGCCACGCCUUACAGCCAAACUUCAGCACAGUUUAUAUUUUAGGGGUAAUUUGGGCGUUAAAGGAAAGAAUAAAAUUCGUAGUUAUGAGUGCACCUAUUAAAAAAGGCCCUGGUCUGUAUGAAUUCCUGGUUGAGGCAGAAUUACAACAUUACUUCAGUAGUUUUAAAAAUGAUUUGAAAGUGACUCACCCUUCACAGUUGAAAUUUGCUACAGAUGAGGACCUGGCUGAAUUGGGCUUGUCUAAGCCUGAGAUUCGUCGACUUCGCAAAUAUUAUGAGAAAAAUUUCCCACAUAAUUACUUGUCAAAGUUUAAAAGGCUAUUGAGCACUCGUAAACAGGACCAACCAUGUCCAGACCCAAAUAGUACAAGCAGUAAUGAAAAUCUGACUCUGUCAAAGUCACCACGAGUUCCUAGCAAGCACAUCAUUCCUGCAGCAAAUAUUACAGUUAAUAAAGAACUGGGAAUGGGAGAGUUUGGGGUGGUACAACAAGGGGUGUGGUCCAAUGAAGGUGAAAGAAUUCAAGUUGCCAUAAAAUGUUUAGCAAGAGAAAGAAUGCAAACAAACACUAUUGAGUUUUUAAAAGAAGCUGCCAUAAUGCAUUCCAUUGAUCAUCCACACAUAGUUAGACUGUUUGGAGUGGUUUUAGAUACAGGCAGUCUGAUGCUGGUCACAGAGCUGGCCCCACUCCGUUCACUUCUAGAAUGCCUCAAGGAGCCUUCACUUAGGUCAAGUUUUCCUGUACUUACUCUCUGUGAUUUUGCAGUGCAAAUUUGCGAUGGGAUGCAAUACUUAGAAGCCAAAAGACUGAUUCACCGGGACUUAGCUGCUAGAAAUAUUCUGGUAUUUUCAAAAAAUAAAGUCAAAAUAUCCGACUUUGGCCUCAGCAGGGCUCUGGGCCAAGGCAAAGAUUAUUACCAGACAAACUUUAAUGUCAAUUUAAAACUGCCAAUAGCAUGGUGUGCCCCAGAAUGCAUCAGUUAUUUACGAUUCACAACUGCUAGUGACGUUUGGGCUUUUGGAGUAACACUAUGGGAAAUGUUUUCGUACGGUUUUCAACCAUGGGCUGCUCUAACCGGCCAACAAAUCUUAGAGGCGAUUGAUGAACCUAAUUUCCAGCGAUUGGAACAGCCGGACUGUUGUCCCCAAGAAUACUACGCGAUUAUGAACGAUUGUUGGAGGCAUGAGGCUGCAACGCGACCCCGAUUCGCGGAUUUGGGCAGCAGAUUGGUUGAUUGCAGGCCCGAACAAGUUCAAACAAAAAGCGCUUCGUCAGAGGGACCCCACAUGCUCUCUUUUAGGAUUGGAGAUGUUGUAACGGUUUUAGAUAAAGUAACACACCGUCCCCUAUGGAAGGGAGUGUCAGCUUUUGGAAAGACCGGCCUUUUCGACCCCGUCAGUGUCGUUGCUUAUUUGGGAAGUGAUCUGCCAGGUUCAUCUCUGAUUCGUACAGAUACCACUAGGACCUCAGCUCGCAGAAAACUCCGUAGUGAAAUGAUUAGUGCCCCUCAAGGAGAAGUAAAGCACACGGGACACGUAGGAUUGGAUGGAGCCUAUUUCGGAGAUUUAAGUUUUCUUGGAGGUUCAAAAGUAGACUAUAAUGGUGUUCCUACUCAAGUGGUGACUCCAUAUAGACCUCACAAGGACCUGGAGGCAGCUCCUCUGCUGGAAGGUGAUCACAUACCGUUACCUCCCGCACCAGACAGCGAUCACGAAUACCACGAAAUAAGCGAUGACGAAAAUACUAAUAGCCCAGCUUUGGAUUUAGGACCUUCUCUUAUGGCCGAAAUGGAGAUGAUGCUGAACAGUUUAGGGCAGCCACCACCUUCCCCUGCAGACCACGAGGGUUCAAAUAAAACAAACGAACUGAGGGAGAAACUUAGUAAGCCUCGAAAACAAGCAACUGUAAAACCCAUUUCUGCUCUGGAUGAGAAAACAUUGGAUACAGCUAUAGCGCUGGCGAACGAAAUGAGCACACGGUCUAUGAAUGACUUAUCAGCACCAACCACACCUUCUUCACCCAACAAAAGGAAAUUUAGUUUCAGGUUUCCGUCAUCAGGAGAACAUGAAAAACAUGAUAAGGUAUUGGAGAGAAGGAACUUCUCAGAGGAAGCCCAUUCUACACCAGAUUUACAGUCCAAAGUUACCCAAGAGGCACAGUUAGCUUACCAGAGUUUGGUGGAAAGCCCUGCACCAGAUAUGACUCAGUUGUUGCACGUCGGCAAUCCAUUGCGCAUGCUUCGUUCAGGUCAACUGCCGAUGAUCAAACCAAGAUUAAGGACGUCUACGUUACCAACGAUAGGUCAUACAAAACAUGGCGACAGGAGAUCAUUCCCGGACCCGCCCGAAUGCUUAGAGGAAGAAAAAGCAGAUCCUCAACAAACAAGUCAGCCGAGCACAAUAAUGGAACAAAGCAAUGAAAAUGGCAACAGUAUCCUCAGUAGACCGUCCUCGCUCCCCUUUCAAAAACUCAUCGAACAAGGCGAAAAGGAAGAAAAUCCCAUACCCUUACCACCGCGGGAUCGUAAUAAAACCUUACUAACAUCAAAACCGCGUCACACUCGCAAACAUCCGCUCAUCAUUCCCGCUUCUGCAACAUUGCAACGCACGCUUGAUAAGGUUUCCAUAGUUUCAUCAUCACCACCCAUCCCGUCAAGCGUGGAACCUCCCUCUCCUCCAACUAAUAUUUGCUCGGCUGAAUUCAAUGCGAAUGGUAUGAAAAAAUCUGAGUACUGUUACGACACUGAAUCGAAUCAUUUUGAAGCUCGAAUCGACUCGGAAUUGGCUGCACUUGAUCACAUCCCGCUCGAGCAAGACUGCGUCGACGCAGCUGCCGAUAACUUAAGCAAUUUUACGACAGAAGAGACAGAAAAAAAGUUGAGAAGUCAUCACGUUAGUUGCGAAGACCUACUGGAGUUCGCAGACGCAAAACCGAGCUCUAGAGCACGUGGUAACGAAUCGGAUGAAGUCAGAAUUAUGUCGAAAGUUCUUGGGAAAGACAUUUCGAAAGAACAGUGUCUUUCGGCGUUAGAACACUGCGAUUGGGACGUACUAAAAGCGAUCAAAUUGGCAAAAGUACAAAAGAUUGCAACAGGUUCAGACCUUACUGUUUGUCAUACUGCGCUUUGUUCCUCCUCCUGGGACGUCACAAGGGCCGCCCAGUGGAUUUUGCAACAAGAUAGCGAUGUCUUUCAAGUAUAGUCUCAUGUAAGCCUUUUAAUACUGAAUUCGUGUUUAUUGUGCAAUUAGCCUUCUUGAUAAUGUAACUUGCAGAGAAGUCGCGUAAGUACGCACGAAUAUAUUUUGAUAUUUUAUUGUGCAGCUUUUAGAUAACGAUUUAUUGCAGUUUUUAUAAAACUUUUGGAAGCGUGAAAAGCACAAACAUAUCAGCGAAAGCAGCUACUGCCAAUUUUUGAUAUUGAAAACUCGAACUAAAUUAGAUUGUAAAAGUUUGCUUUUGCGUGGCUGAAGCAGAAAUAAUAAAUAAACCUACAUUAUUCAGUGUACUUAAAAAUUUUUAUACCGAUUACAAAGCAAACAUUUACACUUUUCGAAAGUAUUUUGUAAUAAUUUACAAAAAUUCUAAGCUGAAUUUACAGAAAUAUAGCGCCAGUACUUACGAGUACCAACUUUGCGUUUAAGGUUGUGAUAUAUUCUUAAGUUUAAAUACUGUAAUACAUUUUUUUAUCCAUAAUUAAGCACAAAUAAAAUCUUAUAUGUAUGUACUUAUAGAUGUUUAGGUAAUGAAUAAACAUUAGAUUUAACUAAGUCAAUUAAUUAAAUUCAUAAAAAAAAUCUCUUUCUUUGUUUUGCAAAUCGUGAUAUGUAAAUUAAUU